AUGGGAGACUUACCUGAGGGACGAUUGGCGCAUCAUCAGCGUCCCUUUACCCACACUGGAGUGGACCUGUUCGGACCUAUGGAAGUGACCAUAGGACGCCGCCGAGAAAAAAGGUACGGCGUGUUGUUUACCUGUCUCACUGUGAGGGCUAUACAUGUUGAGCUCGUAGGAAGCCUUACUACCGAUGACGUCAUAAUGGCUCUCCGACGAAUGGCAGCCAGACGCGGGUGGCCGCGACACCUUUACUCGGAUAAUGGUACUAAUCUGAGAGGCGCCUACAAGGAGUUGAAGAAGUGUGUCUCCGAAUUGGAUGAGAAACUCUUAGCUGACGGAGUAAAGAGUUACAGCAUGACCACUACAUGGACAUUUUCCCCUGCCAGCCCACAUUGGGGUGGGGCAUGGGAGCGACUCAUCAGCUGCGUGGAAAACGCACUGAAGGUCGUGCUGAAAGAGCGAGCACCUCGAGACGCUGUUCUACAAACUCUCAUGACAGAGGUAGAAGUGAUGGUAAACAGUCGGCCCCUCACCCAUGUGAGCGUUGAGCCGAACACUGACGAGACAUUAACACCCAACCAUUUCCUCCUUGGCUCAUCCUCAAACCUACCGACUAUGGGCACCUUUGAUGAGUCAGAUACAUUCUUGCGCAAACAGUGGAGGAUUGCUCAGCAGCUGGCUGACUCAUUCUGGCGACGGUGGGUGAAGGAGGUGCUGCCGGACAUGCGUCCGCGAAAGAAGUAUCAGCAGGAGCAGAGGCCCUUACAAGUGGGUGACCUCGUUUUAAUUGUCGAUCCCGCAUCCCCACGAAACGUUUGGCCACGUGGCAUAAUUCGAAGAGUGAUGCCAGGCCAAGACGGCCGCAUCAGAGUCGCCGAGGUGCAAACAAAGUCGGGCAUAUUGCGACGACCGGUAGCACGAGUUGUGUAUAUAGCUAUCGGGAAUGAGUGCUGA